GCAGAAAUGACUCAAGUUGGUUGAAAGUAAGAACAACACUGUUUGGCAUGGCAUUCUAUUCAACGUCGUCGUUCCGUUGCAGUUUCGCGCUCUGCAAUCCGAAGCUGCAGCCUCUCGUUUCAAUGUCACUGUCUUCGAAGCUACCGUUGCACUUUUCCGGCAACGCUCGAUUCAACCGCAACCAUGUCCACCACCACCCAACCGCACUCAGAAUUCGUGCUUCAAACGCAAGUUCAUCGGGAAGUGGCACCAACCUCGUCUUAUUGAGCUCCACUGUCACCGUUACAACAGCGGUAGCCAAUCGCGUGCUUUACAAAUUGGCCCUUGUUCCCAUGAAAGAAUACCCUUUUUUUCUCGCCCAGUUCAUAACUUUUGGGUAUGUUGUUAUAUAUUUCUCCAUCUUGUAUAUUCGGUACCGGGCUAGAAUAGUAACCGAUGAGAUGAUGGCAAUUCCGAAAUUGCGUUUUGUCGCCAUUGGACUUCUGGAAGCUUUGGGAUUGGUUGCUGGAAUGUCUGCUGGAGCCUUACUUCCUGGACCAGUCAUACCCAUAUUGAAUCAGGUAUCUGAAAUAUUUUGAGCAGCCCUUUUCAUUGAAGGAUGAGAGGGGGUGACAAACAAAAAUACAUGUUUGUCUUUCUUUAAAAUAGUAUACAUCUGCCGUUUAUUUUAUGUAGCUGUGGAGUGUACUUUUUUUUCUGAUUUGCAUUUGGCAUACUUUUGGUAAGGUCUUGUUGGAGAAAAUCUUCUUUUGUUUUACAUGACGCAGAUGUCAUACUACACAGCAGCAGUUAAGAUUUGAGAAUUUGAUUGAAAUGAUGUACCAUUGAUUCAGUGUAGUCAAUGGUUUCUGAGAAGCAUGAUGGUUUUUUGUAAUAUAUUCAGAAUAGGGGACCUUAUAGCACUGAUCAAUGAUUUGUGAUCUA